UAUGCCAAAUGUUUGGCGAUUUGGCGAUUUGUUUCUUUGCGAUUUGCGAAUAAUAAAUAAACACGUCAGUAUUAAACUAAGUCCAAUUUAAGUUAAGUUCGUGUAAUAAAUUAUCUUAGUAUAAAUGUGAUAAAACUCACAAAACAAUAUUGGAAGUGCCUGUCUACGUAAACGUAACGUACAAAAUCAGAAUACUGUCAGUUACAAUGAAAUUAGCUAACUCUCCACUCUCCAGAAUACUCUGGUCUGUAUCGGUUUUGCCGAUAAUUUUGUGCAAUGCGCAGCCUCCAGUCAUCAACCCGGGGAUCCUGACACAGUCCAAAAGCAUCGGGGACUGCCAGGCGUGUAGAAUAUUCGUAGAAUCAUUUAAGAAAGGUCUGGAAAGGACAGCCAGAGGCAAGUUCGAGGGAGGAGACACGGCAUGGGAGGAGGAGAAGCUAAAAAAAACUUACAAACGCAGCGAAGUGCGGCUUAUAGACAUACAGGAGGGAAUCUGCCGAGCUGAGAAAUACUCAGUCAAGUGCCACCACAUGGCUGAGAAAGCUGAGGAAUUCAUUGAGGAGUGGUGGGCACAGGACCCUGAUGAGUCCGCUGAUCUAUACACAUACAUAUGCAUAGAUAAGAUGCAGGUAUGCUGCCCCAAACUGCACUAUGGUAAAGACUGUAAACCCUGCAUCGGAGACCAUGAGAACCUUUGCAAUGGACAUGGCAAAUGCCGCGGUGAUGGCACCAGGAAGGGUAAUGGAACUUGCUCAUGUGAUAAUGCUUACGAUGGAGAGAACUGUGAUAAAUGUGCCUCAGGAUACUAUGUGUCCUCAGGAGCAGGCAAGGAUCUAGUCUGCUCCCCGUGCCACCCGUCCUGUCUGGAGUGUCGGCUUGGCUCCCAAAAAGACUGUGUAACCUGCAAGCCCGGCUACACCUUUGACUCUGAUGAAGGAUGUUUAGAUGUAAAUGAGUGUGAUGAUGUGAACAGAUGCACUAAGAACCAAUUCUGCCUGAACUCCAUUGGGUCGUAUAUGUGUGCACCGUGUGACAAGUCGUGUGACGGCUGCCACGGGGACGGGCCGGACAUGUGCCGGCGCUGUGCCAAGGGGUACUCUAAGAAGGGAGAGUUCUGUGCACCUGACAGAGGGGAGGAGGAUAGGGAGGACUACUUGACCACUACCAGGUACAUGACAUACGUGGGUCUGCUGGUGGCAACGGGUAUACUGUUGCCGAAGUCCACAACUCUUGGCAGCAUCGUCGGCAUGAUGGUGCUCUCGUACAUAGUCGGUGCGGAAUACUACUGCAUGAUCAACGGACACACCGGACUGUUGGACUUGAAGGACUUCGAUCUUUCCCAGAUGUUUAAAACAUAAGUGCAGAAGGGAAUAUGCAGGGUGGGGUAAAAGUCGUAUGGUAAAGCUGAAAGAUGACUCGGCUGUGUAUUUUGAUCGACUUUCGGAAGUUCGUAAAAAAAUUCUAUGGAGAAGUACAUUUUUUGGGAGUUUUAACUGAAAAUGUAUGUGGCAAAAGAAUUGGUCAACUUGAUUGUUUUUUAUACCACUACUAAGAGUCUAGAUUUUUACAAUAAGUUAGAUAAAUAUGUGUAUGUUUUCCUAGUAUUUUCAAUUCUGUAUUUAAUUAACUUAUUCACUCACUGUAAAAAAUGCAUCCGGUUAAGAUUAGUAUCAAAUACCUUAUUUAUUCAUAUAGUGCUAAUGGCUAAAGGCUAUAAUUAUGUAGCUGAGAAACCC